CUGCUCUACUUCCCAAUUUAGUAAAAUGUGCACAAUCGUGUAGCUUAUAUAUUGUGUAACUAUUUACUUUGACUCAAAUUCUUCACGGCAAUCAUGAACAAGUGUGUAURUUCUAUGGUAGCUUUGCUUGUUCUUGGAAUAGUUCUCCUUGUAGCAGGCAUUGUGCUCUAUCUUGAAAAUAGCAAAAUCAUCAACAGCAAAGUGAAACAGAAUGUAGAACUGAAAGAGGGAAGUCUUGUGUUUAAAAACUGGAAGAAGCCAACAUCACCUUUGUAUAUGCAGUAUUUUGUAUUCCAUGUUAAUAACUCAGACCAAGUCUUAGCUGGUGAAGAAAUCCCACAUGUUGAACAAAGAGGRCCAUAUUCAUACAAGGAAAUAAGAAGUAAUGAUGUCAGAAACUGGAGUCUUGACCAUACUGAGGUCACAUUUAUGCCAAACAGAACGUAUAUAUUUGAUCCAGAGACAUCAUGCGCCAAUUGUAGUGACGAYGAUWACUUUACAACUGUCAAURUCCCUCUGUUGACAACAGCAAUUUGGCUUGAGGAAACAGAUUACGAAAAAUCACAAGGUUUCUUUUGUUGGCAAGGACUCAAGUUCCUUGUCUUUGGUCUACUGUCUCCAGAAGAAAAGAGUUUGUUUCACAGUAAAAAAGUUCGUGAGAUUCUGUGGGGAUAUGAAGAUCCUUUGCUCGCUCAUGUUCUAAAGGCUCAUAAAGUUGAUCCAAAUUGUGCAAUCCCAGAUGGUCUGAAUCCCUUCGUWCAAUUGCAGUAUAACAAWACAUAUUAUGGGAUAUCUGCUGUUAAUACUGGUCGCAAGGAUAUUAACAAACUGGAGCAGUACACGAUGUGGAGAAAUGAAGAUAAGCUGUCUUGGUGGUCAGACAAAUAUGCCAAUAUGAUUAAUGGAACUGAUGGUACACAAUUCAAGCCAGGAAUUUCAAAAUCUGAUACUUUGUAUGCCUUUGUACCUGAAAUUUGUAGAUCCAUCUACAUGAAGUACACAUCCACAGUCAAAGUCAAGGACAUUACUUUAUAUCGUUACAAAGUUCCAGAUGAGGUUUAUAUAACUGGUGAUAAAUACCCYCCUAACAAAGGAUUCUGUGUUCCACCUGGGUGUCUUCCUACUGGUUUACUCAAUCUAACACGCUGCCAACCACAAAACCCGCCAAUUGCUGUAUCACCACCACACUUUUAUCAAAGUAAUAAAACACUUGUCAAAGCUGUCAAAGGACUUGAUCCAGUUGCAAGUGCACAUGAAACUUUCCUGGACGUUGAACCAACUACUGGCAUCACAAUGCAAGCAAAACGAAGAAUUCAAGUCAAUGUUCAUUUACGUCCUGUGAAAUAUCUCUCAUACACAAAUAAGAAUUUCACUCCUGUCUAUUUACCAAUAAUGUAUGUUAAUGAGAGUGCCCUUAUUGAUGACCAUGAUGCUUCUGAAUUCAAGCAUCAGGUUUAUGAUCAGAUGAAUCUACUAACUGAUGUUGAGUACAGUCUAAUGGGUGUAGGAGGUCUACUUGUGUUAAUCGCAGUCUCCAUCCUCAUAUGUUUGAUUGUCUGUCCGUCCAAAAAUGAUGAGAAGGUACCCAUACAAACCGACAAGAAGACUUAUGGGACAGCARCCAACGUCUWCGUCAACGUCUAAUCAUUUUAAAAUCGUAUGCAAAGUUGAAAUGGUUGAAAAAUCACAAAUAUGGACAGUCACAUGGUAGCUGAACUUGACGGCUACAGUCAUCACAUCUAGGUAAACAUAAAUUAUCUGAUACUUUGGUAUCCUGCAAUAUUAAUCAGCCUUACCAAGCUAAACAAGAUAAACCUACCACAGAGUUGCUGGCAAGAAAAGUCAUAUUUUAACAACACCUGUGUAAUUCUUGCGCAAUGAUUGCAUGAUAAUUGUGUCAAUAAGAGGACAUGUACACUGCUGUGCCAGUGUAAUUUUUAUAAGAGAAUUUUAAAUUGAAUAGUAUUGGAUAGAUUUUAAAGAAAUUUUAUAGAUUUUUAUGUAGACUAGAUGUUACAGUAAUAAAUAAUGAUUUUAUUUUGACACACAAAGCGUGAAAAACAUUAAAACAAAGGAAUUUAGUAAUAAUUUAAAUAGCACUUGGCGCUAUUCAAUAUUCAACUGUUUCACACUUAUAGUGUUUGCACUUUAGUUCAAUAAAAUGAGCUAAUGCUUGUGAAAUGAAAACAAGGCUUGAUAGACCUCAUGACACGUACUCCGGAGCGUCCCGCAUUCCUGAUUCCAUGAAUUCUGAACUCACAAGGAUUCAGGAUUAGAGCAUAUUAGAUUCAGAAUGCAAAGUGUCCUAGUUUGUUUUUGAUGUCAGUGACUUAUUUAGUCAAUAACUUGAACUUGUUUUAUUGGAUUCUGUUUUCAGUGCCGGAUUCCAGAUUCCAAGUAUCUGGAUAAUAGAUUCUAUAGCAAACUUUUGCCAGAUUCCGUGUCAUGGGGCGAUUUUACCGGGGACCUAUUAAAGUAAAAGAACUGUGAAAACAACCACAAUAAAAAAAUUAUAAUGAUAAUGAUAAUCUCGUGUGUUUUAAAAAACACUAUGUCAUAYGUCUUUGGUUUUAAUGUAAGCAGUGAUAAAACAUUUUUGUUUUCAGUGUUUUUUAUAUAUCAAUAAAUCCAUGUUUUACAA